GCAUUCGGGUUCGAGCUCUCGACUUUAAAGUCGUAAACAAAUGUUAAACAUGGAGGAGAGUUUGGCGCCAGUUGAGAAAACAAAUGAAGAUGUUUUGUCAAUGGUUGACGUUUUAAAGGAAGAGGCCGAGUUAGAAGAAGAAGCUAAUGCGGUACUAGGAGAUAGUGAUGAUCAAAACUGCACAUACCCAAUGGGCUACGUAUCUCGUCAAGCUUUGUACGCUUGCUCAACAUGUAGUCCAGAAAACCCAGCAGGAGUAUGUUUGGCUUGCAGUCUAGAAUGUCAUGAGGGUCACGAGCUGUUUGAAUUGUACACUAAAAGGAAUUUUCGUUGUGAUUGUGGAAACAGCAAAUUUCCUGGAUCAACGUGCAAGUUAUACUCUGAGAAAGAUGCUUCAAAUUCACAAAAUGCAUACAAUCAGAACUUCAAAGGCCUAUACUGCACCUGUCACCGUCCUUACCCUGACAUGGAAGACGAGAUUGAAGAUGAAAUGAUCCAGUGUGUGAUUUGUGAGGAUUGGUAUCACGGAAGGCAUUUGGGUGUUGAUUCUCUCCCACCCUGUGAGACAUACUCCGAGGUUGUGUGUGCAGACUGUAUGAAGAAACAUGACUUCUUGUGGGCUUACAAUGUACAGAGUCAAGACACAAAGUGCAUGGUGAAAGAAGAAGUUAAGUCGGAGGUUGAUGUAGAGGGAGCUUCACCUGUCAAAACACAAGAAACAAAGGAGAACGGCAGUGAUCAGGGAACAAGUGAUGAUACAGAUAAUAAGAUGAGCUGUCUACUAAAAGAUCUGCAAAAGAGGGGGACAUCUGUUCAAGGAAGUGGUUCAUUUUGGCAGGAUGGUUGGAGAAACAAACUCUGUAAAUGUGCAGAUUGCAUGGUAAAAUACAAAGCAGGGGAAAUAGAAUUCUUGACGGAUGAGGUGGACACUGUUCACAAUUAUGAACAACGAGGUAGGAACAAGACAACCCCAUGCUCGCAGUAUGACAAAGGAAUGCAAGCUUUAUCCUCCAUGAACAGGAUUCAACAAGUAGAAGUUCUUCAUGGAUUUAAUGACUUGAAGUCAGAACUGACAGAUUAUUUGAAGAAGUUUGCAGAAAAUGGAAAGGUUGUAAGAGAGGAAGAUAUUCGAGAAUUCUUCUCUGGAAUGGAAGCCAGGAAGCGUCAAAGGGCCACAGGACCAAUUCCUUUCAUGUGUAAAUAAGCAAGGCUUGUCAGGGUGUACAACCAUCCAAUACAUUUAGAAUUAUCAAAUGGACAUUCUUUGUUUUGGUGAAUGAAUCAUGUCAAAUUUUUCACAUUUCAAAACCAUAAGAUUGGGAUUCAGGGUCAUAUUUUUAAAAAUAGUGAUUUUCUCUAGUUCAGUAUAAAGAUUUUUCAAAAUAAACAGUGCAUUAGGAUUAUGAUCAUAACUCUUGUAUUUGGCACACACAUGUACAUUGAGAGGAGAGAUUUGGUGUUCUCAAUAACAUGCACAUAUCUAUUAUAUGGAAACAAUUUUUAAGGGUAAUUGCAAAAAAAUUUGUCUGUUACUUGGUUAUAUGUUGGAUGAGCAGGCUGACUUCAACUUUUGUUUUCCAGAUGACUUUUACACCUUAGUUUGAUUGUAAAUAAGGAAAAUCACAUGUAGUGAUUAGAGAAUGGGUGAGGGGGCGAGUGUUUACAUGUUCUACAAUUGUUUUUGGCAUACAAUGUAUGUGGUUUCCUUGGUUCCAACUCAGCCAGUGUAUCUUGUGCUGUUCAUUUUGUUUUUAUUUUGAGCUCAUAUUUAGGACUUAAAGUGAUCAAUGAUUUUACAAGUUAUUAUGCAUGUGAAUUUCAGUUGUAAUUUACAUUUGCCAGAACCUUUUUACUAUUUAAAAGAAGUUUUUUAAUUCUCUUGAAUUUUAUUAUUUGUAAGUGCAUAUUUGAAAAUGCACUCCAAAUGAGAUAUGUUAAAAUCCAUUUCACAUUUGGACUUUGCAAGGCAAUACCCUUCUGAGAAUCACAUCAUAUUUAAUACCUGUCAUUUAACAAUUUGGACAACAAUGUCUUGCUGACAAACAUAAAAUACGAAACCAGUAAUAUUCUGCACAACCAAAAGCAUUAGACGUUGGUAUGUUAAAUCACUUUUAGACAGGAAGAGGACGUAAUUCUCCGCUUAGUCCUGUUAAAGUGACUACAUGUAGGUCUUUUGUGAAUUGCUUUAUCAGUGUCCUUGUAUGUUGUUCAGUCACAUUAUGACGGUUUUUGAAAUAUUUUAAGAUAAUACAAAUUAAAAUUCAAAUUGUUUUUAUGCAUUUUUUGUCCCAUAUGUGUACAACUGAUGAAAUAAAUAAAUUUUGAAAUGCA